AUGAGAAUUUUAAAGAACGCAGUAAAUAAGUGUAAUUUAUUUUUGCAGCACACGAGGAGGCCUGCUAGUAAUAUUUCGAGGUUAAAAAUGUUAAGCGACAUAUAUAGGAAAAAGAAUGGUUUACUAGUACAAUUGAAUAAUAACAUAUUUAAUGAAUCCAUUUUGUGUAGAAAUGUAUCUACAAAUAUUAUUGAAAAGAAGAAUGAUGGUCUAGAAGAACAGAUGAGUAAUGAUGAUAUAAUAAAAUUUUUUGAAGAGAACAAAAAUAUGAAUAUUGAUAAAUUAUAUAAUUUAAUAAAAAAUUUGAGUAGAAAAAGAAUUGAAGAGAGAAAGAAAAUAGUAGAGAAUGAGAAAUUUUUAAAUAUUAUUGAAGAAAUAGAAAAUCGUAUUAGUAUUAUGAAUACAAGAUAUUUAUGUAACUUUUCAUUACGUUUAGUUAGUUUAUCUAUUAAUAAUGAUGAUAUAAAAAGGAUACUUACAAAAAUAAGUGAACAUGUAUUAAAAAAAAUGAAUGUGAAUCCUCGUGAUUUAGUUGGUAUUUGUUAUUCCUUAAGUUUAUGUAAUAAUAUGAAUGAAUAUUUUUUUGAACAUAUUAAAAAAGAAACCAUUUCAAAUAUAGAUGCAUAUACUCCAACUUUAUUAACACAAUUAUUAGAGAGUAUGAGAUUAUCUCAGAAUUUGGAUGUUGAAUUAACAAAUUUAAUUGUAGAAAAAAUGUGUGAAGAAAUUGAUAGAUUCACAACAAAAGAUGUAACAUUAGCUUUGAAAACAUUAUCUAUGGCUGGUAUACCAAGAGGUUUUCUUAUACGUCGUCUUUGUAAUUUAGUGUUUGAUAAUAUAUCACAUUUUCAUCAUACAUCAUUAAUAAAUAUAAUUUAUAAUUUGACAAAAUUAAAAUUUACUACAACAAGUCAUAUUGAUGUAAUAUAUAAAAAUGUUGAAGAAAAUUUAGAAAACUGUAAUGUUACUACUUUAUGUGAAUUGUUGUAUACAUUUUAUAUGAAUGAAAUAAAUGAAGAAUAUAAAAUUAAUCGAAUAUUUGAAAAUAUCAAAUAUGAACAAUUUAAUACUACCAAAACAGCUAUCUUGAUUGAUUUUAUACAUGCAGCAACUUAUUAUAAUAAAUAUAUUGAGAAAGAGAAAUUAUUUAGUUUAAUAGAUUUAUUAUUUAAAAGAACCAUUCCAAAAUCAUUAACAUUAAUAGCAAAAAUAAGAGAACCAAUAUAUUUCUUAUCUACACACAGUAAUUUUAAAUAUGACUUAAAUAAUAUUUCUCCUUCUUGGUUAAAUGCAAUGAAUGAUUUUCUAAGAAUUGAUCAUGAAAAAUUACAAGCCUUAAAAACAUUCCAUGAGGUACAAAAUGUAUUAAAUACAGUAGCUCCAAAUUUCAAACUCAAUUUUAUACCUUUACAAAUUGUAGAAUCUUAUUCUGUUGAUUUUAUUGAACAUGAAAAAAAAAUCAUUAUCGAUCUUGAUACAAUAGUAAGACAUACAUCUUUCCAAAUGAAACAUCAACACUUUGAACAGAUGGGAUAUAAAACAGCUAAAGUACAUUUUUGGAAGUGGAGAAAAUGUAGAUCCGAGAAAGAACAACAAAAUUAUUUAUGUGAUAUUAUAUAUUCUGUAACUGACCAAAAGCAAAACCUCGAUGAAAUUAACCAAAUUGAUAAUGAAAAGAAGUUGACAAUUUCGGAGCAAUCUGAAUAA